AUUUCUUAAAAAAAAAACCUAAUGGAGUACCCCUGAAAAUGCCGCCGCGAAUAUCGGCGCGCCGCCUCUUCCUCCUCAUCGCUACCUUCUCCGCCCUCACCCUCCUGCUCGCCCACAACGGCAGCCUCCCGUGGGCGCGUCUCCGCCCACCCGCCCAACGUCCGCCUACAGACGACGACCCCACCGCUGCCGCCCGACCGGAGAGGGCGGAGUCUGCCGAUGCGCCCGCCCAGUACGCUGCGGAGAAGCGAGAAAGGGCAGAGUCUGCCGAUGCGCCUGCCCAGUACGCUGCGGAGAAGCGAGAGAGGGCGGAGUCUGGGGACAGUGGGCGGCCGGCGGGCAGGCCGUGGUUCAUGCGGGGCGGCACGGAGUUUCCUGAGAAGCACCGGGGGCCGCUGAGGCUAUUUCCCGACCAGGCGGACGGGGAUAGGGUGGUGGAGCAGCUGAUGUACGUGCCGGAAGACUAUCAGGGUUAUGAUACUCCGGAAAAAACAAUCCUAGCCUACAACGGCUUGGGGGCUUGGGGAGAGAAAUCAGGGUCGGCCUCGUUUCACGGCUGCCCUGUCAGCAGAUGCUCGCUCACCGAUGACAGGAGCAAAGCUGUCAACGCCGACGCCAUCUUGUACAAAGAUCAUUUCAUACAUCCAGGAGUACCGAGGCCGAUGAGUCAGGUCUGGAUCAUUUACUUCUUGGAAUGCCCGUAUCAUACUCAAAGUCUCAAAUUUGCUGACGUCAUCAACUGGACUGCCACCUACAGGAGGGAUAGUGAUAUCGUAGCUCCAUACGAAAGAUGGACCUAUUAUGAUUCACAGGUUCGUCAGAAGGACCAGAACAAAGAUUUUACAGUGAACAAGACGAAAAAAGUAGCUUGGUUCGUAUCGAACUGUGGGGCCAGAAACGGUCGAUUAGCUUAUGCCAGAGAACUUGCCAAAUACAUUCCAGUAGAUAUUUACGGUACCUGUGGACCUCACAAGUGUCCUAGAACAGACAAAAAAUGUUUCGAGAUUCUAGAGAAAGAAUAUAAAUUUUAUUUAGCUUUCGAGAAUUCCAAUUGCCGGGACUACAUCACGGAAAAAUUCUAUGUCAACGGUCUGGGACAAAACGUUCUUCCAAUCGUGAUGGGCGGCAGACCAGAAGAUUACCAAAGAAGUGCACCAGAAGGUUCCUACAUCCACGUGGACGAAUUCGCCGGCCCCGAGGAGCUCGCCGCCUACCUGCACCGCCUCGACAAAGACGACGCCCUCUACAACUCGUACUUCCGAUGGAAGGGCACCGGCGAGUUCGUCAACACGUACUUCUGGUGCCGACUGUGCGCCCUGCUACACGCCCCCGCCCCUCCCACGCCCAGACGGUACGACGACGUCAACGAUUGGUGGCGGGGACCAGGGGUGUGCACGCCCAAGUCGUGGCGCGCCGCCGAGGUGGUUUAAACGGUCGUAGGCCCCGCCCUCGCCACUCCCAGACGGUACGACGACGGCAACGAUUGGUGGAGGGGGCGUGGUUUGAAC